UCAGAGUUUUUAUUUUCAGCAACCACUAGCACUGCAAGAGGAGAGAGAUUAAUUGAGAAAGAGAAAAGCAUUGAGAAGGGAGGGAACUAAUGAAAUGGAGGAAGGAAGAGCUUGCUUAUAUAAAGAAAGAGAGUGGAGCAAAAGCAGAGAGGUGUGGUUUGUUAGAACUUAUUGGGAGACCCAUACAGGCUGAACUUUGCAGUGAGGGGAGACAUCUGUGUCCAUGCAGGUGAACAGUGUUUGUGAAUUCCCUCUGCAUGUGUGUGUGAGUUUGUGAGGGACCAUGCCAGGCCUUGGCAGGAGCUUGUCGGUGCGACACUGCCUCACCUUUGCAACAGGUCUGGUGGAAUGUCUGUGUUUCGCUGGAGCCGUGUUCGGAUGGGCUUCACUUGUCUUCAUCCUGAAGACGGAGGGCUACUUCAGCUCUCUAUGUGUCAACACUACAGAAUUCAAUGCAACGCAUGUCUUAGAUUGCAGUGGACAGGAUGAACAGUUCUCUUUUGUCUUCACCAUCGCAUCCUUUAUGAACAAUUUCCUGACACUGCCCAGUGGUUUCCUCUUUGACUGGUUUGGUACUACAAUGGCUCGGCUUGUUGGAAUAUUUCUGUACACAUUGGGUACUUUGAUGAUGGCCUUCUCGACUGCAGCGUUGUCCAACCUGCUGUUCCCAGCGGCCUCCCUCCUGGCAGCAGGUGGCAUCUUGUUUCUAAUAACAAACAUGCAGGUAGGAAACCUGUUCGGCUCACGUCGUUCCACCAUCAUCACUCUCUAUAACGGGGCCUUCGACUCUUCGUCAGCACUCUUCCUUGUCAUCAAGCUGUUGCACGAGACUGGCGUCUCGCUCCUCUCCUCCUUCCUCUUCCUGUCCGCCUGCAGCGUCAUUCACCUCCUCAGAACUUUCUUCCUGCUGCCCAGACACCACAUUCCCUACCCGCUGCCUGAGGGCUACACAUACGGGAUAACCUGUGGUAAAUCUAAGACUCUGAGCUUAGUGCAGACGACGACAAAUGGUAACACAGUGACAGAGGAAACGGCCCUCAACAAAGAUGUCACUGUGAAACAAGAGAAGAGUUUCUGUGAGUGUGUGAUGUCCAGGUUCUUCGGAUUGCAGAUGCUUUGGUUAUCGAUUAUGCAGCUCAGACAUUACCUCUUCAUUGGCACCCUCAACCCCAUGCUGCAGCGGCUGGCGGCGGGGGAGCCUUCACUGGUGAGCCAGUACAUCAAUGCCUUCGCCAUAACGCAGCUGUGUGGCGUGCUGUGUGCUCCCUGGAACGGCCUCAUCAUGGACAGACACAAGGGCAAACCUCGUGCUGCAGGAGAGAGUGAACAGGAAGCAGACCUGAGGGCCUCGGUGCUUUCUCUCUUCCUGACGGCGCUGCAGUGUCUGGUGUUCUCAGUCUGCGCCUCCAUCCCGUAUCUGCCGCUUCAGUAUGUCACCUUCGUCCUGCAGGUGCUCAACCGCUCCUUCCUCUACGGCGGCAACGCAGCCUUCAUCAGUGUAGCUUUCCCAUCAUGCCACUUUGGGAAGCUGUAUGGACUGGUCAUGGCUCUGUCUGCAGUGUUUUCUCUGCUGCAGUAUCCCUGCUUUGCUCUUGUGAAUGGACCUCUGGGUGGAAACCCUUUAUAUGUGAACAUCGGUCUGACGCUGCUCAGCCUGCUCGCCUUCAUCCAUCCCCUCUCUGUCUUCCUGCACUGUCGAAGUCUCGCCUCCCAGCGAGCCAUCAGUGCCUCCUCUUAAGUCGGUCAAAUGGUCUUGCACUCAAAAUGUCCUUAAUACCUCUCUUAAUAUCUAUUAUAUAACUCUUCAGCUUGUUUGACUCAAAUGAAAUGUGUCUAUUGACAUAAACUUAAGUAGUUAUAGUAAAUAAAAUGUUACUUGUUGUGCCCUUGCAGGUAUUUUAUGUAUGUAUCUCUGGUUGUCACAAAUGUAUUGAAUGAUUUUACAAAGUGGAGAUAAAUAAAUAUGUUGUAUCAGUGUGCAGUGCAACACUCUCUUGAGUGUUGAGCUUGGUUAAUAUAUUCAUGCACUUCUAUAAAUGUAGCUGAAAAUUCAAUAUCAUUAGAAAUGUUGAAUUUGUUGCAGAUUAAGCACAGCAGUGUGUAACUAUUUCAAAGAUAAUCAGAUUGUAUGAACCGUGAGUGUGCCAAACGGUUACGAAUAGGAUUUUUAUAAAUUAUUGUACAUUUUUUAAUUAAGUGUUUAAUUUGUCAAAACAUCUGAGGUGUUCUGCUACUUAUGUGUGGUUGUCUGAAUUGUGUGUUUCCAAUUUAAAAAAACAUCUUGCAAGUCCCCCAAAAUGAUGGAUGUGCAAACUUUCAUUGAUGGAGUAAACUUUUGAUAAACACAUUGAAAGAG